AUGGCUCUUUCUAGUGCUUCGGUCGUGGAGCGGAAUUCUUAUUCUCGAGCCUUAUCACCAGUUGUGGGAAUUUCUAUUCUUUUUGGCCCCGGGGAGAGGCUUCGUUCUACAGCUCAUUCCUGGUUAGGAGGUGUAAUUUUCUUCCUACUCCUCGUUGGAAUGACAUUUGUUGCAAUCAUCGGCGUGUUCGUUCGAGAGACAAUCGACACGUGGAUUCAAUUUUCCCUUUACAUCGUUCCUCUUAUCGCCUUGGUAUCCGGUUUUUACGUGUACACCUCAUCAGCAUUCAACAAGCUGCUAAAAAGGAGACUGUCCCGGAAGUCAUUAGUGGAGGGGUUUCUGGAGUCUGAUCAGGGAAUCCCAUGGCACGAGUCUCAAAGGGCUUCGUGGUUAAGAAAAGCUGCCAUUAAAAACUGUUUCUAUCCUUUCAGUUUGGAGAUUUAUCAAUGGACCGCCUACGUGAUUUUUCACACAGUUUUUAAAAGUGACAGCUUUGCAGGUUCAUUCAGUCACACCGAAGUAAUUGAAAUGGGAUCUCGAACAUGGCUCCUGCUUUACUGUUCUUUUUGGGCGAUGGCCAUGUACAUCACCGGAUUCGUAGCCUACUCUUUUAUCCUGAUCAGCCGACUCACCGUUCGAGAUGUCAUCAGUUUCAUGUGCAUGUUUGGGGAUAGUCCUUUUCUGCUGUACAGACCUUCCGAAGAGCGAAAUCCAGUCCUGGAAAGUCUGAACCCUGUGAAAAGAGUAUUUAAUGCUAUAGCUGGGUUUCUAUUCAUGGACUUGUGUCAGACUGGAAAAGAUAUUGUUCUGGUUUAUGAAAAAGAUGUCCCUUAUUUGAGUAGAUUGCACGGAAAUCGAGGUGGCAAUUCACCCCAUUCAGAUCAAAAUAGUGUUGAUGGAGAUAACUACUGGGAUUCUGGGGAAUCCAAUUUUAUUUCAGCAAUUGAUGUCUCUGGACCAACAGUAGGUAGGAUAGGUGUGCCUGGAAGACCUCAAGUAAAUCCUGCUGAUGCAUGCAAAUAUCUCUCCAAUAUUGUGGGAAGCAUAGAACGGCUUGCAAGUCUUUUCCAGCCAUUCAUUGUACUCCUGGCAUUUUUUUCGGUGGCUAAUCUUGUGACCCAUGUGGGAGCCAUUGUGAGCCUUGUGGAAGAUUUCAAGUCAUCUCAUUGGUGGACAUUUGUAAGGACAUGUAUAUGGCUUCUGUUGUCUUUGCGCCUGCUAUGGAGUGCGGCAGCGAUCACCAAAGCUUUGUCACACGUGUCACAGCAUCUAAACUAUUUAUGGUCAGUGGGACAGCUUCAAGGAAACUCGGAAGAGUGGCAAAGGUUUUUCAAGUUGGUGGAAACAUUCCAGUUAGGUACCAAGACAUAUGGCUUUCCUCUCACCUUGAAGCAAGCUGCGUCAAUUGCAACAUUUAUCAACUUUGCACUUAUCAUAGUGCUGUCAAUCAUGAGGCCAUCUGUGCACUUUCCAGCAGAGGGGCGGAUUUAG